AUGACCACGCCGGAUGCCUUCAGGGAUGCCGAGCACUUCGCUGAUGUCUCUGGCAUCCCGGAUGUGGCUGAUUACGAUGAUGUCGAGCAACCCCUUACACCCGCCGUGCAGCAACUGAGGCAGAAGGUGCAACGGAAGGCGAAGAUUGCUUUGAUUGAUCGUUUACUGCGCGAGCUCGACAUCAUCAUAUACUGCGAGCUUGCUGCAUUGUAUUAUAUGGAUUGUACCUUUUUCCUAUUCGCGUUACGUGUUAUUGUACAGCUUAUAUUCUUCACGCCAAAAGCCCCACCCUUCGAGCCCACGAGAAGCCAGCCAUAUAUUGGCGCCAUAUUCGGCAGCAAUUUGCUGUGUGCGUUUCUACAUACAGUCGCCAUUCAUCCGAGUGCCGGCGAAGAAACACGAGGGUAUCUCCAUGGCGGUCUCUUUAUUGAUUUCGUGGGGCAGAAAGCCCCAGUGUCGCGAGUGCGGCUUGUAAUGUUCGACUUUCUCAUUAUGCUAAUACAUCUAGUCAUGUUGGGCUUGAUAUUAGAGCGAGUGCGGAUGGCUGUAAAACGCGAGUCGACAGAGGACCGCGAGUCUCAGGAAACUUCAACAGAGGGGGAGGAUGGUACAAACUCUGAACAAGAUCAUGAUGCCGAAGAACGAGGCGUUCUACGAAAUGAGACAAACAAUGACGAAUCUUCCGAAGGUCUUCAAGAUGUGACUCUAGAGCGAACGGCCUUACUAGCCGAACCCGCUGAAGAUGGCUCAAGUCCAGCGUCCAGACAUAGUCACCCUCUUGACGCAUUCGCAAUGGGGGAAGCUUUGAUAUUGGAUAUGGGCUUGUUCGAGACAAUACGUGAUCAAUGGAGACACAACACGGGAAAUAGGCCUCGUACUGCGUUUACACCUUCACAACAGACAACGACAUUUCUACGAGAGCAUCUUGGCGUUAGUGUAGGACCUGAUGGUCGAGUCCUCAGAUUUCAGCGAUGA